AUGAAAGAACGCAUUAAGAUCGCGAUAGAUCGCGGUGGCACAUUCACCGACAUCUGGGCCAGUCUUCCCGGACGCCCAGACGUUGUCCUGAAGAUCCUCUCUGUUGAUCCUGCCAACUAUAGCGAUGCUCCUACGGAGGGAAUCCGUCGGGUCCUCUCUCUCUACCGCGGAGAGGAACUCCCCCGAGACGUCCCCAUCCCCAAAGACGACCUGGAGUUCAUCCGGAUGGGAACCACCGUCGCGACCAACGCCCUCCUCGAACGCAAGGGCACCAAGCACGCAUUCCUCGUCACGAAGGGAUUCCGGGACUUGUUGAAGAUCGGAUACCAGUCCCGACCGCGUCUGUUUGAUCUGAACAUCGUCAAGCCCGAUGUUCUAUACACCGAGGCCCGCGAGAUCGAUGCCAGGGUCACCAUCGAAGGCUUCGAUGAGGAUCUCGACGAUCUGUUCAAAUGCGACGAGGAGAUCCCCGGGGUCCUUGUGAGAGGUACGAGUGGAGAUAUGAUCCGGAUCCUGAAGCCGCUCGACGAGUCUGCGGUGCGGGAGACAUUGCGAGGGCUUCGUGCGCAGGGUAUCGAUACGCUUGCGGUCUGUUUGACGCAUUCGUACGUCUACCCACAGCAUGAGCAGCGCGUCAGGGAGCUCGCCGUGGAGGAAGGGUUCACUCACGUUUCGCUCUCCUCGGAGGUCGCUGCGAAUAUGAUCAAGAUGGUUCCCCGAGGGAGCUCCGCCACGGCAGACGCUUACCUGACUCCGGAAAUAAAGCAAUAUCUCUCCGGCUUCGCGAAGGGGUUCGAAGGCGGCAAUCUUGACGGCGUGCGAUGUGACUUUAUGCAGUCCGACGGCGGAUUGGUGAGCCAUAACAGUUUCAGCGGACUGAAGGGCAUCCUGAGCGGCCCUGCCGGUGGUGUCGUUGGAUACGCCAGGACAUCCUACGACGAAGCCUCCAAGACACCGGUCGUGGGCUUCGACAUGGGAGGCACAUCAACCGACGUCUCCAGAUACGGAGGCCACUUGGAACACGUCUUCGAAAGUGUCACGGCCGGCGUGACUAUCCAAAGCCCCCAGCUCGAUAUCAACACCGUCGCCGCCGGCGGCGGUUCAAUCCUGUUCUGGAGAAACGGCCUCUUCGCCGUCGGUCCGGAGAGUGCUUCAUCGCAUCCUGGCCCGGCGUGCUACCGCAAGGGCGGUCCCUUGACAGUCACCGAUGCCAAUCUGUUCCUUGGCCGGCUCAUCCCCGACUUCUUCCCAAAGAUCUUCGGGAAGAACGAAGACCAGCCCUUGGACGCCGAGAUCGUGAGGGAGAAGUUCACCACCUUGACGGCUGAGAUCAAUGCCGAAACAGGACGAUCCAUGACACCGGAAGAGGUUGCAUGUGGAUUCUUGGAUGUUGCCAAUGAAGCCAUGUGUCGGCCUAUUCGGGCCUUGACAGAAGGCAAGGGCUAUGACAUUGCAAACCAUAAUCUGGGCGUCUUCGGGGGUGCAGGCGGCCAGCACGCCUGUGACAUCGCCAGGAAACUGGGAAUCUCAACCGUCAUCAUCCACAAGUACUCGAGUAUCCUCUCUGCAUACGGCAUGGCCCUCGCCGACAUCGUCCAAGAAGCCCAAGAGCCCACCAACACCAUCUACGACAACAGCACCAAAACCCAGCUCGAGACCCGCCUUGCCGCACUACGAGACAAGGUCCACGACAAGCUCCUCGGCCAGGGCAUCCGGAGCGAGGACAUCGCGUAUGAAAUGUACCUCAACAUGAGAUACCAGGGCACCGAGACGUCCAUCAUGGUCCUGCAGCCGGCGGACGGGGACUUCAAGGCGGAGUUCCAGAAGACACAUCUGCGGGAAUUCGCCUUUGUCUUCCCGGAUGAGAAGCCGAUUUUCGUGGAUGAUAUUCGCGUCCGCGGGAUUGGGAGCAGUCGUCGGAAGGAAUCUGAUGGGCAGCAGUUGGGAUAUGAGUUGAGGGAGCAUAAGUCGUUUACUUCUGCUCCGAGGGAUUCGGCAGAGCGGUUUACGAAGGUGUAUUUCCAGAACCUGGGAUCGCAGAGUACGCCGGUGUUUCUGCUGCAGAAGCUGUCCUCCGGUCUUGUCGUGCCUGGACCGGCUAUUAUCAUCGACCAGACUCAAACGCUCGUCGUCACGCCGGGGGCUGAAGCCAAGAUCCUCCGUUCCCAUGUUGUCAUCGAUAUCGUUUCGUCGUCGGCCGUCGCAUUGAAGGAUUCCACGGUUGUCGAUCAUAUCCAGCUGUCUGUCUUUGGACAUCGCUUCAUGAGCAUUGCAGAGCAGAUGGGUCGUGCCUUGCAGAAGACGGCAGUGUCGCUGAAUAUCAAGGAACGACUCGAUUUCUCGUGUGCAUUAUUUGGACCAGAUGGUGGCCUCGUCGCAAACGCCCCCCAUGUCCCCGUCCAUCUCGGCUCCAUGAGCUACGCAGUGAAAUACCAGCACGAACUACACAAGGGCAAGCUCCAACCCGGCGACGUCCUCGUAGCCAACCACCCCGAAGCAGGCGGAACGCAUCUCCCAGACAUCACGGUGAUCACGCCCGUCUUUGAGAAAUCCGGCAAAGACAUCGCCUUCUACGUCGCCUCGCGCGGCCACCACACAGACAUCGGCGGACUGGGCGGGACGUCCAUGCCCCCCAACUCCACGGAGCUCUGGCAAGAAGGCGCCGCCAUCCGGUCGUUCAAGCUCGUCCACGCCGAGAAGUUCGACGAGGAGGGCGUCACGAAGAUCCUCCUCAGUCCCGGCCAGUACCCGGGGUGCGCAGGGAGUCGGCACAUAGCGGACAAUAUAUCCGACCUGAAAGCGCAGGUCGCAGCGAAUAACAAGGGGAUGGUCCUUGUCCAGGGUCUGAUAGAGGAAUACACACUGCCCGUGGUACAGCUGUACAUGAAUGCGAUCCAGUCAAACGCAGAGAUCGCAGUCCGCGCAUACCUACGGUCCAUCUUGGCCAAGUUCGGUCCUCGCCUGUACGCAGUGGACCAAAUGGACAGCGGAUCCCUGAUAAAGCUCGCCAUCACCGUCUCCCCCGACGGCACGGCCGUAUUCGACUUCACCGGCACCAGCUGCGAAAUGCUGAGUAACAUGAACGCACCCCCAGCCAUCACGCACUCGGCCAUCAUCUACACGAUCCGCCUCCUCAUCGGCACCGACAUCCCCCUCAACCAAGGCUGUCUUGCCCCGAUAGACGUCAUAAUUCCCAAGGGAACAUUCCUGAACCCAUCCGCCGGACCCGCCGUCUGUGCAGGAAACACAAAUACCUCCCAGCGAAUCGUGGAUGUCAUCCUACGAGCCUUCCACGCCGCAGCCGCCUCGCAGGGAUGCAUGAACUGUCUCGGAUUCUUCGGCGAAGGAGGCCGAGACAGCAACGGGAACCGACUAAAGGGGUACGCAUACGCAUUCGGGGAGACAAUCUGCGGCGGAUCUGGUGCCACAUCAAUUCGACCCGGUGCAUCUGGCGUACACACACACAUGACAAACACACGUAUCACAGACCCAGAGAGUCUCGAGAAACGGUACCCCGUUAUCCUGCGCGAGUUUGCAAUCCGCCAGGGAACCGGGGGGAAGGGACGGAAUAACGGCGGUGACGGUGUGGUGCGGGAUAUCGAAUGUCGGGCGCCAUUGAGUUUCAGCGUGAUUACAGAGCGCAGGAGUAUCGCACCGUACGGGAUGGAAGGGGGUGGAGAUGGGGAGCGAGGUGCAAAUUACUGGGUUCGUCGCGUGGAGGGUGCUGAGGGACCGGAAUGGAGAUGGGUUAAUAUGGGUGCUAAGAAUAUGGUUCGUAUGGAAACGGGAGAUCGGUGCGUCAUUCAUACUCCUGGUGGAGGUGCCUGGGGGAGGAGACCCGAGGAGGAGGAUCAUCAAGUGAAUGGGAAUGGGCAUUCUCAUACGAAUGGUGUCGUCAAUGGUUCAAGUUCCGUGCAGUAUCCUCGUGCGUCUGGGAGUGUGGCUGCGUAUAUGUCUGCUCAAGAGGCAUCGGCUUAA